AUGGCACCCAAAAAUGAGCAGAGUUCUCUCAAGCGCAGCAGGGUCAGCACAGACAGUGAUUCACAAGACCUCAAAAAACCCCGACGCUCCGAAAGAAUAACCUCCAAGAAGCAGUCGCAAGCGACCCCUGUCAACCAUGCAUACUUGCCUACACCAUUAACCGAGUUAGAUUCGACUGCCACGGACAUUCGAAACGAAGUUACUGCUACUCCACCUGAUAGUCCUAACCAAACACACCGUCAGAAUCGAUCAAGUCCAGAGCAAGUCAAGUCUUGCUCAUCUCCUCCCGGUGACACACAGGCUCUCUCGCAAUUUGUUUAUCCACCCAGGGCAUUCGUGGAUGAAGUACAAGAUGAAGCUGCGGAGGGAGUUUGGGGUUACUUGAUCCCACUUGAUGAUAAAGUGCGAGAGUCUCUCGUUCUGAGAAAACGCGACAGCUGUGAUAGUCGCCGAAACUCGGACUCGAGAACAAAGUUCAAAAAAGAAGCCGAACAAAGCAAGAUCCCAACCGACAAACAGAGCCGACAUCCCGGUGGCUUUCUUGUUGGACGACACCCAGAGUGCGAUCUCGUCAUCAAUAUACCCACCAUCUCGAAUAGGCAUUUCCUCAUUUACACCGAAAACAAAAACGGAGACUCUAUCGCCAUUGUGGAAGACUUAUCAAGCAACGGCACAUUUGUUAACGAUGCAAUUAUCGGGCGAAAUAAGCAUCGCGAACUUGAAGAUGGCGAUGAGAUUACAAUAUUGGAUGAGGCGCGGUUUGUUUUUAGAUACCCGCAGACGAGGGACACGAACGGGUUUCGCCAACAGUACAGAAUACUACGGCAGCUUGGAAAGGGUCAUUUUGCGACUGUUUACCUCUGCGUAGAACGGGCCUCGGGUACUCAAUAUGCCGUUAAGGUCUUUGAGAGGCGUCCUGGUGAUUCUCAGAAGUCGCAAACUGAUGCCUUGCAGCAAGAGAUUGGCCUUCUUAUGGGUGUGAACCAUCCAAACCUGUUGUGUCUCAAGGAUACUUUUGACGAGGCAGAUGGUGUAUAUCUGGUUUUGGAACUUGCCCCAGAGGGCGAACUUUUCAAUUUGAUCGUCAGCAAACAGAAGUUCUCCGAAGAGGAAACCCGUCAUAUCUUCCUUCAAAUCUUUGAGGGGUUGAAAUAUCUGCAUGACCGUGGCAUAGUCCAUCGAGAUAUCAAGCCUGAAAAUAUACUUGUAGCAGAUAAGAAACUGACUGUGAAGCUUGGCGACUUCGGACUAGCAAAGAUCAUCGGAGAAGAUUCAUUCACAACCACUUUGUGCGGGACACCAAGUUAUGUUGCCCCUGAGAUCCUACAGGAGUCUCGCCGUCGGAGGUACACCAGGGCCGUGGACAUCUGGUCAUUAGGUGUCGUUCUUUAUAUUUGCCUUUGCGGAUUUCCUCCCUUUUCAGAUGAACUUUACACCCGCGAAAACCCCUACACAUUGGCACAACAAAUCAAGAUGGGGCGCUUUGAUUAUCCCUCCCCAUAUUGGGAUUCCGUGGGCGACCCGGCUCUGGACUUAAUCGAUAGGAUGCUUACAGUCGACGUUGAAAAGAGGAUCACUGUGGAUGAGUGUCUCGAACAUCCAUGGCUCACAGAGAAAUAUACCAGCGUCUCCGACAGCACGGACGGGCUAACAGGUGCUUUGGGAAAGCUUGAUUUUUCAAAGCGCAAAGUAGAGCGCGAGCGUACGUUACUCAGCAGUGUGAAUGACGCUCAUUUCAGCGAGCAUACGGAUGGACCUGGGCAUUCUGUCAAGGUCUUCCGCAAAAAUAAUGCUGGGAACCGCAUACAUAACCAGCCCUCCCAGGACAACCAGCAACGCGAAGUCUCACCUGAUGAGAAUAGUGCCCCGAAAGAUUUCGUCAAUCUCGGAGAGCGCGGGGAUCCAGUGUUGUUUGAAGAAGAACCGACAGGUCGUUACAAAUGA